AUGCCACUCAGGAACAGCCACGCGGAGGAGGCGCACAGGGCAAGGGGACGUGGGAAGUGGGAGCGGGCGGGUGAUUUGCUUCGCUUCCUCACACACCUCACAAAAGCCUUUCCUUCAAGACCCGCCGGCAGACCCCAAACCACGAGCCACGGCCGGCGCUGUCCCAUUAAUGAGUCCCCAUUUGCUCACAUGAACUCUGUUUCAAUGGGGCCUCGAUCUCAUUCCGAACAGGGUCAGGUAGGGACAGGACCCCCGCGGACCACAGCUCCUCCUACGCGGACACCUCGCACGCGGCGCAGGCGUCUUCCAGAUGAGGUCCUCCUCACCCCACAGCCCGGGGAAGGUGCGGGGCUGCGGGCGCAGAACUGCAUAAGGAGGGCUGCAGGCUGGGCCAGAGCCGCCUUGCGGGGACCGACAGGAGCACGGGUCCCUCAACGGAGGGGACUGAGGACCGAAGGCUGAGCGGCAGCAGCGGGGACUCCGUUUGCAGACUUGGUCCCGCUGCCGCCAUUUCCCGCUGGUUCCGAUAAGGCCUCCCCCCACGUCGCCUCCAGACGCCCUGCCCGGCACACUCACCAUUUGCCAGCUUCAGGGAUGUCAUAGAGUCCUAGCUACGAAUCAUCCAAUACCCGCAGGUCACAGAGCGACUGAGAUUGAGGCUGUGGCCGAAUCACUGAGGCCUCCCUGAGGGGUGCAAGCAUGGCGGAGACGCCGUAACCGAGCUCAGGCAGAAGCCUGACGCAAAAGCGGCGCCAGAUUCCCGGAUGCCGCCCCCUCCUUUGCCUGAUUGGGCAGUUCUCAGUCCAGCGCCCUCAUUGGAUACAACUACUAGCUCUACGCCCUCAAGCUUUGAGUGACAGAAUUCGAGCGACAGAAAUUCGACCAUACACUUAAUGAAGCAAGACUGACAGACUCGUGUCUCCAGGUUCUUUCAGGCAGGUCUUUCUUUCUGUGCUAGGCCUGGCUCUGUUGGGGGUUCAUUUUUAACCGUCUGUUGUGUGAGGUUACGUCCGUUUAUAAAUUGUGCACGCACGCGCACGCACACACAGACACACUUGUUCACAAAUGGAAACAAUAUAAUCACAACUAUUUUAAAAUUUUAGAUUUUAUAACCUUUCUGGCCUCUGGUCUUUUGAGUAGGACACCUGAGAUUUGAAGGGAGAUGCAAGUCUCUAAAAAAUAAAAUGUUAGCUCUUUGUGAAUUUACAAUUUUUUAUUAGCCACAUCCAAACUAAUAAAAAUAAACAAGUGAAAUUGUUUAUGAUAAUUGUAACCUAUUGUAUCCAAAAUAUUAUUGUUUUAAUACAUGAUCAAUAUGUAAUUAGAAAUAAAGUACAUUUC